UUUAAAUAGCGACGCAGCUUUGGCCAGAGGAAAAGCAUCUAGCAGAGGGAUUGUUGUGACAAUGUUUGGCUUGAGGACAUAUAGGUAACAAAACGGCUCACAUUCGGACGGGAAACACCCAGAAGCUGCAGAAAAGCCUGACAAUAAAUUUGUAGACCAUGAACUAUGUGGGUCAGCUGGCGGGCCAGGUGUUUGUGCAGGUCAAGGAGCUGUACAGAGGCCUCAACCCCGCCACGUUGUCGGGCUGUAUCGAUGUGAUUGUGGUGCGGCAGCCCAAUGGCUCCCUGCACUGCUCGCCCUUCCACGUGCGCUUCGGGAAGAUGGGCGUCCUGCGCUCACGGGAGAAAGUGGUGGACAUUGAGAUCAAUGGAGAGCCUGUGAGUUUACACAUGAAGUUGGGAGAAAAUGGAGAAGCCUUCUUUGUUAAAGAAGCUGAGAACACACAUGAAGUGGUUCCAGCCUAUCUAGCAACGUCGCCCAUCAUGUCGACAGGUGAGCAGCUGAUGGACUCCAAUUUGAGCAGAAGCAGCGCACGUCACCAUGAUACUAUGAUGUGCGGCUCGCUUCAAGUCCAGAGUAUCGGGCUGCAGCAGGCCGAUGGAGGAAUGAACAAGAAGAGGAGAAGGAGAAGGAGGAAGGCUCGGCCAGAUGGUGGAGGAGGAAGGCGGGAUGAAAGCGGGGAGGAGUUUUCCGAUGAUGAUAACAUGUUCACUAUUGACCUGAGCUCCGAUGAGGAGAAAGAAGGAGACAGCGGAAGAGCUCUAUACAGUGACCAAGACUCGGCAGCAAACACUCACCCCGGUAGAAACUGGACUCGUCCUGUAAGCCAUGUGAUUGAGGAGACUCUUUCCAUCCCUCCGUCCUGCGGUCUGUCUAUCUCUUGUCCGCAGCAGACCUCUCACUUCUCCUCACACCUUAGUAAUCCAGAUGACUCUCAGUCUUCAACGCCUAAAAGCGACUCCGAGCUGGCCAAUCGGGCUAAAGACAACCCUGAGAUGCUGUGGACCUGGGGGGAGCUCCCACAGGCCGCUCAGCCAUCCUUCCUGAGUUCCCAUCAGAAGCUGGACUGCGCCACGUCAGUCUCCAUCCCCGUGUCCUCCAGCACGCACUUCAGAAGCAUCAGUGAUGGCGGCCCCCCGUCUCGACCUCUCUCGAGCGAGCACCCUGAUUGUGAAAGUGGGGGGAGGAUUGCAGAAGAGCAAACAGGAAGAAUGGUGGAGAGUGUAAGUGCAUCAUGUGCAGAGAUGGAGAGUUUAAGCACAUGUUCACCAGCUCCCAGCAUUCUCCCUGAUCAUCUGGAGGAAGGCAGAAACAGAGGCAGCCCAAUCAGAAGAACGGAUUCUCCUUCCAAGAGGAACGAAAAAAGAAGCCAGCAUCUUGGUGCUGAUGGCAUAUAUUUGGAUGAUAUUACAGAGCUGGAGCCAGAAGUAGCUGCUCUCUAUUUCCCUAAAAGCGACGGAGGUGGCGGUUCUAUGAAGGUGGACUCGGACGUGGUGAUGACAGCCAUCCGCAGUGCAAAUCAGUCUCCGCAGUCAGUGGGCAGCUGCGGGAUGGACAGCGGCGUGGAUAGUCUGUUGGACCACGUGGGGGACCUCCCACACGUCGCCAUCUCGCUAUGCGGCGGUCUGUCUGACAACAAGGAGAUCACACGAGAACACUUCCAGGAGAGGGCAGUUUCCUACCAACAGUUCUCCGAAAACCCUUCCCUUAUCGAUGAUCCCAACCUGGUGGUGAAGAUUGGUAACAAGUACUACAACUGGAGUACGGCAGCUCCAGUCAUGUUGGCCAUGCAGGUCUACCAGAAGCCAUUGCCUCAGGCCUCCGUGGAGAACAUCAUGAAGGAAAAGAUGCCCAAGAAGGGAGGACGCUGGUGGUUCUCCUGGAGGAGCCGGAACAGUGACUCCAAAUCGGAAUCAGUGACAGAAACCACUGGAGACGGAGAAGACAGUUCCAUUCCCAUGGCAUCAUCUAUGAGGAUGAAAGACGAGUCGUCCUCUAGUGAUGAGGACCACAGACCCACUUUGGUGUCUGGAAGCUCCCAGCCUGAUGCUCUCCUUGCUUCUGGUAACGUUUGUUACAAGAAGACUCUUCGUCUCACCUCAGAGCAGCUGGUGAGCUUGCAGCUGAAGGAGGGUCCAAACGAAGUGGUUUUUAGUGUGACCACUCAGUAUCAGGGCACGUGUCGUUGCCAUGGAACCAUCUAUUUGUGGAACUGGGACGACAAGCUGGUCAUCUCCGACAUCGACGGGACCAUCACCAGGUCAGACACACUGGGCCACAUCCUCCCCACGCUAGGAAAAGACUGGACCCACCAAGGCAUCGCAAGACUCUACCACAAAGUCAGCCAAAAUGGAUAUAAAUUCAUGUAUUGCUCGGCGAGGGCCAUUGGUAUGGCAGACAUGACCCGAGGUUACCUGCACUGGGUCAACGAGAGGGGAACCAUGCUGCCGAUGGGCCCGGUGAUGCUCAGUCCCAGCAGCUUGUUUUCUGCGUUGCACAGGGAAGUGAUUGAGAAAAAACCUGAGAAAUUCAAGAUUGAGUGUCUGACUGACAUCAAGCAUCUUUUCUACCCUAAUACUGAACCUUUCUACGCUGCUUUUGGCAACAGAGCUACAGAUGUGUAUUCCUACAAGGAGGUGGGCGUUCCCCUCAACAGGAUCUUCACAGUCAAUCCCAAGGGGGAACUGAUACAGGAACAUGCCAAAACCAACAUCUCCUCUUACGGGCAUCUCUGCGAGAUGGUGGACCACGUCUUUCCAGUUCUACUCCAAAAACAAGGUGCCGACUUUCCCCGUUCUGACACUUUUAACGAGUGCGAUUACUGGAGCGAGCAAGGGCCCGAUGAAAGCAAACAAGACAAGGACGACGAGGGCUCACAACUUCUGGAGAGCAGCUGAGCACACUUACAUACGUCUUACACAAGUGAGGAUGAGACUGAAACCAAACUCCGAUCUCGAAUGUGAUUUAACACUGUGCCGUUCUUCAACAAGAAUCCAAUAAGCUCACAACACACGUCUGUAAAAUGGGAAGCUACAAGAAGAAAACCUCAUAACGUCCGAAUACCUCAAAAUUAGCACAUGAACAAAUAAUGGAAAAUGACAGUAUGAAGACCCGUUUGUUGUACAAUGACACGUUUACUGACUCGCCAACAUUAAAAAAAAAAAGCACAGUAUCAUUUGUUAACUAUUACUCUGGCAGUACAUAUUACUUUAAUCAAUACGCAGAUUAUUUGCAAUUUUGCAUAUUAUCUUUUAAAAAAAUUCUUCAUUUAUAUACGGGAGAAUGAAAGGCACAUUGCUCCGAAUUGUGGUAGUCAGAGAAAAAAAUGUAAAUGAAACAAUUAAAAAUAACUCUGCCUUUUUAAAGAUAAUGCAGCUAUUUUUCAGAGAUUAUUCAUUUAAUAAUCAUUAGUUGUUUCUUUUAUUUUUUUAACUACAAUCACCUAAUCAUUAUAUUAAAUUUUCAAAUGGUAAAAAGUAAUUUAAGACCAAUGUUGUGAUUAAUAUUAUUAAUAAUACCUUAUUAAAAUUAUAAAUGCCUCUUUGUAUAUUUAUAAAUAUAGAAAAUAAUUGAAACAAGGGCAUUACUGUAAUUAAUUAUAUUCUAUUAAAAUGUUAUUUUUACAACUAUUUGUAUAUUUUAAAUUAUUGCACUUUGUUGAUUUCUUAUAUGUUGUUUAUUUGAAUGUUUCCGUUCUGUAUGCAGGUCUUAAUUGAAAUUUCAUCAAUACACUGUAGGUACAGUUUAAAUAUUAAAUCGUAUCAAUAUUUUAGUUACUUUAUUUAAAGUCUAAUGUCUUCUAGGGUGUUUCCAGUAAUCAUCUUUAAACGUAUGAUUUGAAAUCUCUUCACUUUGCUUUAACUACAUGACAGGAGCAAAAUAUAAGAAAGUUGUCUCAGUGUUAUUAAAUACAUCUCUGAUAAUGCGAGUGAAAAAAGAUGGCUAGAUUAUUAUCAUCUUGAAGGUGUUUAACGAGAUUGUCAAGGUGUACCUAAAGAUAUUCCACACCUCAAAGUCAAAGACAGAAUUCACCUCACUCCACUCAGAUGAACACAUGUGGUCACAUGACCGCGCUACUGUGAAAAUAAGAAAGUUACAUACACGCAGGACAAUGCAAUUGAUGAUAUCUGGAGUAAUUUAUUCCUAUCAAUGCAACUCUUUAUAGCAGGACUGCUAUGUGAAAUAGUAUUUUCUUUUGGUAUGUGUUGCAUAUAUGUAUUUGGAUGCAUGCAUGUCCACUCACAUCUCAUUGGGAACGUCACUGUGUAUACAAACAAUGUUCUGUAUAAAUGAUAUUGCUAAUGGUUGGUGCUUACUAAAGCAAUACAAUAUUUUCAGAGGCUGUAAACUCGGUGUAUUAAUUUAUAUGCAGCAAAUUUGCACUUGGAAUGCAAAUUGAAUGUUUCUGAAUGCACUCAAUGGACUUACUCGUGUUUUUUUGGGAGGUAUUUCAGUUAUGUUCACAAAAUUUUUUUUUUUUUUUUUUUACAACAGUUGAUCAAUAAUCGUACUCAUAUUAUCUGUGUGCUUGUGUAUGUGCCAUUUUGUUCUAACAUCACUAUGCAUCCUCGUAACAUAAUACAGGAGCACCAUCGCAGACUGGUCACCUCAUUUCUGUUAAAAGUGCAUUUGUUUUUAUUUAGUACGUGUGUGUUUGUAAUGAUCAUAAAGUAAUAUUUAUAACACAACCAAUGCAAUGGACUUCUCAAGAUUUUUUGGUGUGCAUUUUUAUGAUGAUUGAAUUCUUUCUGUGAAAGAUCUAAUAAAAAUUGUUGACAAGUUCAUAA